AUGCAGCAUGCUAAUGGAAAAAAUGGCACCAUUAAUGGGUAUAAAAAUGAAUCUUUAAAUAUUGCUGUAGUUGGAGGUGGAUUGGUCGGUUCAUUGGCAGCAUUGCACAUGGGGAAACGCGGACAUAAUGUGACAGUCUACGAGUAUAGAGAAGACAUUCGGACAGCUGAGCUAGUUAUCGGAAGAAGUAUAAAUCUUGCCUUAUCUGUUCGUGGUCGAACUGCAUUAAGAGAAGUCGGACUAGAAGAUAAGAUGCUUAAACACGGUAUUCCAAUGUAUGGACGAAUGAUUCAUAAUAUUGAUGGGACUAGGAACGUCAUUCCCUAUGAUCGAAAUAGUAACCAAGCCAUUUAUUCAGUGGGCCGAAAAUACUUGAAUGAAAUUUUAAUAACAGCAACUGAAAAAUAUCCAAAUAUAAAUCUAAAAUUCAAUAAGAAAAUGUCGGGUGGCAAAGUUGAGAAAGGCGAAGUACAUUUCGUUGACACAUCAACACAACAAGAAGAGACAGCAAAUGCGGAUUUAAUUAUUGGAUGUGAUGGUGCAUUUUCAUCAGUUCGUCGAGAAUUUCUCAAGAAGAAUGCAUUCAACUAUCAACAAAUUUACAUUGAGCAUGGUUAUCUCGAACUUUGUAUACCUCCUGCAAAGGAUGGAGAAUUUUUAAUGCCAGCCAAUUACUUACAUAUAUGGCCACGAGGAAAGUUUAUGAUGAUUGCUUUGCCGAAUCAAGACCGUACGUGGACUGUUACGCUAUUCAUGCCAUUUGAGAAUUUUGAUAGUAUAAAGUCAUCAGAUGAACUUUUGAAAUUUUUCGAAACAUUUUUCCCUGAUUCCAUUCCAUUAAUUGGCGAGGAACGUUUGGUCAAAGACUUUUUCAAGAUUCCAGCUCAACACUUAAUGGCAGUGAAAUGUCGUCCAUAUCAUAUCUCGUCAAAAUGCGUUCUGAUUGGUGAUGCAGGUCAUGCUGUUGUUCCAUUUUAUGGACAGGGAAUGAAUGCAGGUUUUGAAGACUGUACAAUUUUGUCGAGACUUUUUAACAAGUAUGGAUCAGACUUGGAAAAAAUACUUAACGAAUACAGUGAAACCAGAUGGGAAGAUGCUCAUGCUGUUUGUGAUUUGGCAAUGUAUAACUAUAUUGAAAUGAGAGACUUGGUGAAUAAGAAAUCAUUUCUGUUUAGAAAAGCAGUAGACGAUUUAUUGCAUUGGAUGAUGCCAAAUGUCUGGGUACCGCUUUAUGGAAGUGUAUCAUUUACAUGUAUGCCCUAUAAAAAGUGCAUAGACAAUAGAGCAUGGCAAGAUAAAGUGUUGAAUCGAAUUAUAACAGUCUCUGGAUAUGCUGCAUCUGCUUUAGGAUUUUUUGGUGUGUAUCAAAUCUACAAUAACUACAGGAUGUUUGAAGAAUCAACUAAUUGA